CAGAGAUCUACCGUCAUGGCGGCGUCGUUAAGAAAGUAUGAGCUGAUUUUACGGUGGUUUUAAAAGCUCCAGCGAUAAACAACACAGAUGAGAACAUGCACAGUGACAAGAAACUGACCAAGGAAGACACAUGGAGACCAGAAGACCUGAGGAGAUACGUCAGGGAGGGUGGACAAGGUGAUGACCGUGCCAGGAGGCGAGAUGGCAGCGAGAGGAAGCACCGGGGUGGGGAAUCCACAGAGAGACGCCACAGAGACCCAGAGAAGGAGUCCAGACAAGAGAGAGACAAACACAGGGAGAGGGAGAGUACGAGAGAGAGAAGAGAUGAAGAUAGAAAAGACAGAUACGUUGAGCAAAGGAAAGAGGGCUCACGAGACAGGAGAGGUGAUAAGGAAAAAGACAGAAGAGAUGAGAGGGACAAAGAGAAGGAGAAGAGGAAGGAAAGGGAUGGACUGGUGGAUGGGAAAAGGUACAGUGAUGAUUAUGGAGGGAAUAAGGACAGGAAGAGGGAUAGAGAGGACAGGCAUGAUCGGAAGAGAGACGAGGAAAGGCAUAGGGACAAGGAGAAAGACAGGGUGAGGGAUAGAGAGAGACGCAACAGGGAGGAUGGGGACAAAGGGAGGGAAGAGAGGGACAAGGAAAGGAGGAAGGAGGAACGAGACAGAGUGCACAGGACUGAAAGGGAGAGGAGGAGACACGAGGACAGUGGAGACGCAGGACGAGAUCGGAUAGAAAUGUACGACAGGGAACAGAGAGAGCGGCAUCGAGAGAGAGAGCGACUCAAAGAUAAUCGUGAGGACAAAAGGACUGACAAAGAAAGGCGAGAAAGACAUGAAGACAGGAAGCAUUCAGAGCAGAAAGAGGAACGAGGCAAAGAAUACAGAGAAGAACACAGACGGCAUAAAGAGGAGAGAGAAAGAAGACACAAAGAAGGAGGAUGUGAUGAUCAAAAGCCGAAGCACGACAGUGACUCUAGGGUCCACCGAGACGUGAAGAGGUCAGGUGAGGAGGAGAAGCAUCGUCUUGGCAACAGAGAGCGAGGAGACAAGGACAAACAGAGAGAGAGGAGACACCGAGAAGAUGAAGAUCCAGAAAGAAAGCCCAGAGACAGACAGCACAGAGAAGAAGAAGAGGACCCAGAGAGAAAUCACAGAGACAAGAAAUCAGUAUCUGACCAGAGUAAUAAGCCUGAGACUACGACAGUGAAAUCAGAGGAGGUUGAGACUGAGCACUGGACAAUCAGUGUGAAAGAUGCAGGAGACACAGAAGAGCCUCAUCUUGGUUAG